AUGCGGUUAGAGAGACAGCUUCGAGCCUGCUGCGGCAACGAUUUGAGCUCGGCCCUGCUGUGUCGUCUGCCACUUAUUUUCAGUGUUUAUUGUCUGAUUGAUAAAAUUCUUCCAGAUACUGAUACUGGCCAAAACGCAAAUGGUCGUGGAGGAAGAGGAGGACGACGAGGAAGUGCACAGAAAAACCGGACGAGAGAACAAGAAGUCAGAAGAAGAACACAAAGUCAAGGGAACAAUCAAAGAUUUACAGAGAGGCAGAGAGGAGAAGGCGUGGGAAGAGGAGGGAGAGGUGGAAAUAGAGGGGGAGGGGCAGACGGGCAGAGAUUUGGUAGAAAUGGUCAGCCAGGUGGAGCUGAACGAGGAGGUGAGCGAACAGGGACAGCAGGAACAGCUGUCGGGAGAGGAGGACACAGUGGGGACAGAAGACAAGACGGGGGAGAGAGAAGAGAUGGUGCAGGUUCACAUGGUCAUAAACUGGGUUAUAAAAAACUCGAGGACCUCUCCAAGGAGGAGCCGUCUGUUGUGGCCAUUACACUCUCCUCACAUCCUGGCCUUCAAGCACUCCUUGGUGAGACGCAGAUAAGGCCGGAUCUAAUGCAGCUUCUCUGCACGGUGCUGAGCAAAGCCUUUACGUCAAGGACAGACAGAGGCACACUACAGCACCUGGCUGGCGUAAUUAAAGAUUCAGUGUUCUUCCGCACCACCCUGCUUCACCAUGUGGGAGGCAUGGUGGCAGAGUCCAACCCUUUCCGCAGAGCACAAUUCCCACAGCAUCUGGAAAACAUCCUGAGUAUACUCUCGGAGGUGCACAGUAUCUUUCCUGCGAGCUCUGUCCAAGCUGUGAGUGUGUUGCUGACACUGCUCCAAGCCUCUGUCAACAGCCUGCGGGCCACGGGUGUGGACGUCUAUCCUCAAACAGACGAAAAAAUGGAAAACCUAAAUGGCCUGAUAGAGCACCUCCAGCAGAAAUCCAGGGAGGGGACUCUGCGCACAGACAGGGACACGUAUGCACUCGUAGCCGCUGGUGGGGACAUCCCAGAUGAAGAUCAGCAGGAUUUUCGGAGCAUACCACUCUACCCAACUCCUGAGGAAUUACACCAGGACCUCAGGCCAUUUCUCAGACGUAACAACACAUCGAAACCAUACACAAACACCCACCUUUACCUCGAUACACACUUCCGGUUGCUCAGGGAGGACUUUGUUCGACCGCUUCGUGAGGGAAUUCAGCAGCUGCUCCAGGACCAAGCGUACAAGGGAAGGAAUGAUAAACUGGUGAAGACGAAGCACUUCGAUGACAUUCGAGUGUAUUUUAACACGCAGCUAGUAGCGCCAAAAUGCACACCGACCGGCCUCGCAUACAUUGUCCAGUUUGACGUUAAGCCACUGAAGUUUGUGCGUUGGCAGAACUCCAAAAGGCUGAUCUUUGGUUCUUUGGUGUGCUUGUCUCACGAUCAUUUUGAGAGUUUCCUGUUCGCCACCGUUUCAGACCGAGACUCAAUAAAACUGGAGCACGGGCUGGUCCAGAUUUCCUUUACAGAGGAGAGCAGAUACAAGCUGGUUAGAAUUCAGCCUGAUCAGAAGUUUCUGAUGGUUGAGACAACUGCCUACUUUGAAGCCUAUCGGUAUGUUCUGGAAGGCUUACAGGAAAUGAAUGAGAGAAACUUGCCCUUUCAGAGGUACAUUGUGGAGUGUUCCUCAGAUGUGAGACCACCAGCAUACCUUAGGAGAAAAGAUCUUUAUGAUCUGUCAUCUGUUGCUCACCCUGACUACAAAAGCAGAAUGAAGCCUUUUCACAGCCUGAAGCCAGAGGCCUGGCCUGAAAUGGAGAAGCUGGGCAUGGAUGAGUCUCAGAUGGGAGCCUUUCAACUAGCUCUCACCAAGGAGCUGGCAAUAAUACAGGGCCCUCCUGGAACUGGAAAAACUUAUGUUGGCCUAAAGAUUGCUCAGGCUCUGUUGACCAAUAAGAAGCUGUGGAAUGAUCUGCUUGGUGUGCCCUUUAUGGAUGAUUUGGAUGAUAAAGGUGCCACAGCUCCAAUGCUAGUUGUGUGUUACACCAACCAUGCCCUGGAUCAGUUUCUGGAAGGUAUUUAUAAGUUUCUGAAGAAUGGCAUUGUGAGAGUGGGAGGUCGCAGCAACAGUGAGAUCCUGAAACAAUUCAAUCUUCGAGAGCUGACCCACUCACAAAGCUUCAGACGGACACUGCCGUCUCACCUCCGCACUGCAUAUGGUCAGAUCUAUGGGGAGCUGUGUGAAGAGGAAAGGGCAAUCCAAGACCACAGUUUGAAGCUGGAGUGUUCUCUGAAAGGUGUAAUACGGGAACACUUCUUAAAGAGUUUCAUGUCACACAUACACUGGGAAAGUCUCAAUUCGCCCCCAAACGGUGAGGGAUUUUACUUCUGGAAUCAGAAGUCCAGUCUGAUGAUGGAGUGGUUGGGUUUGGGAAUGACUGAGUUCCAGCAGAGGGAGACAGAGAAUGCAACUUCAAAUGAAGAGGAACCAAUGGAGAUAGACGAAGACCUCAUUGAAAUUGCAGAGGAAGCAGAGCUGAUUCAGGCUGAGCGCAUGAUCGACGACGAAUGGACAAUUGGUCCCAGAGUUGGUAAAGAUGACAGAAAGAAAGGAAAUCAGGAGGACACUGUCAGAGAAGUGGAAGAACUGAUGCUGGCUAUGAACCUGGACAAUGUUGACAUACAAGCUGAGAACAGUGAAGAAGGAUGGGAGUUUCAACGAGAGCAGAAAAAAAAGCUAAAGAGUAAAAUAAAGAGAGCAUUUGCGACGAGCACGGCUAUGACUGAAGAAGAGGAGUCCACCAUUUUUGAUGUGUGGAAAAUCCCUCUGGAGGACAGAUGGAGACUGUACUGGUUGUGGGUGACACGCUACAGGAUAGAGCUUCGUACAAACGCCCUGGUUUCAGAACAGGCCUAUCAAAAUGCAGUGGACAGAUUGGCUGAUGUCAAACGGGAAGAGAACCUUCAUCUCCUCAAGAAAGCAACGGUGAUUGGCAUGACAACAACAGGAGCGGCCAAAUACCGCAAAGCUCUGCAAGAACUACGUCCGCGUGUGGUGAUUGUAGAGGAGGCUGCAGAGGUUCUUGAAGCCCACAUCGUUACCACACUGAGUGAAGCAUGUCAACACCUCAUCCUGAUUGGAGACCACCAACAGUUGAAGCCAAGUGCUACCGUAUAUGAUCUUGCUAAGAACUUCAACUUGGAAUUAUCCAUGUUUGAGAGGCUAGUGAACAUGGGACUGCCUUAUGUUAGACUCAACUACCAGCAUCGCAUGAGGCCUGACAUUGCCCAUCUUUUGACCCCACACAUCUACUCAGAGUUGGAGAACCAUCCCUCUGUGUUUGAGUAUGAAAGCAUCAAGGGUCUCAACUCAAAUUUAUUCUUUGUGGAGCACAAACACCUUGAAGAACAGAUCAAAGAUGGAAAGAGCCAUCAAAACAGGCAUGAGGCAAUGUUUGUAGUGGCACUUUGCCGUUACCUUCUCCACCAAGAAUACAAACCCGAACAAAUUACUAUACUCACAACCUACACCGGCCAGCUCUUCUGUCUACGCCAGCUAAUGCCUGCCAAAGAGUUUGCAGGGGUCAAAGUACAUGUGGUGGACAAAUAUCAGGGGGAAGAGAAUGACAUAGUUUUGUUGUCUCUUGUACGUAGUAACUCAAACGGUAAAGUUGGCUUUUUGAGCAUCCCUAAUCGUGUCUGUGUAGCAUUGUCACGUGCCAAGAAAGGCCUGUACUGUAUUGGCAACAGUAAGAUCCUGAGUGAAGUUAAACUGUGGAGCAACAUCUUUGACACCUUGAGAGAGAAAGAGCAGAUUGGGAAAUCUCUGACCCUGUGCUGUCAGAAUCAUCCAACUCGACAGGUUGAGGUUUCCUGCGCUGAGGAUUUUAAACAGGCACCCGAGGGGGGCUGCACCCAGCCUUGCCAGUUUCGUCUGGAUUGUGGGCAUGUUUGCACAAGAGUUUGUCAUCCGUACGACCCAGAACACAAAGAGUUUAAGUGUAUCAAGAAGUGUGAGAAGAUUGUAUGCGAUCAAGGACACAAGUGCCCACGUUUGUGCUAUAAAGGUUGUCCAAAGAAAUGUGAAGUGAAGGUUGAGAAAGUCAUACCUGCGUGUCAGCACAAACAAAUGGUUCCUUGCCACCAGGACCCAGCCACAUUUGCAUGCCUGGAGCAAUGCCAGAAGAUGCUCGAGUGUGGACAUCCAUGUGACUCAACCUGUGGAGCAUUAUGCACUAGAGAGUGCAAUGUGAAGGUCACCUUAAAACUUAAGUGUGGACACAGCCAGAAAGGAGCUUGCUAUUACAAAACAAAGACAGAGCAACCUGAAUGUAAAACUAAGUGUAAGCACCAGUUAAAAUGUGGCCACACCUGUCCUGGUACCUGUGGAAAGUGUUACCAGGGUUGCUUCCACAGCCCCUGUUCUCACCGAUGUGAACGUCUUCUAAUUUGUUCUCACAAGUGUUUGGAACCUUGUACUCGUGAUUGUCCCCCCUGUCAGAGGACAUGUGAGAACUUUUGUGUCCACAGUAAAUGUAUGAAGCCAUGUGGGCAACCAUGCGCUCCUUGUAUCGAGCCAUGUUCCUGGCAGUGCCCUCAUCAGAGCUGCAGUAAACUUUGCCAUGAGCCAUGUGAUCGCCCACCAUGCACUAAACCUUGCAAAAAGAUCCUGGAGUGUGGCCACCCAUGCAUUGGUCUUUGCGGAGAUAAAUGUCCAAACAAAUGUCGCGUUUGCAAUGCUGAUGAGGUGAAAGAAAUUUUCUUUGGCACUGAGGAUGAAUCUGAUGCUCAUUUUAUUCAGCUAGAUGAAUGUCGACACAUUAUUGAAUCCACAGCCAUGGACCACUACAUGAGUUUGGAUGACAACAAACAAGGAGAGCAGGUGGCAAUAAAACUAAAGGAAUGUCCCAAGUGUAAAACUCCAAUACGUAAGAAUCUACGAUAUGGAUCACACAUUAACCGCAGUCUGGCUGAGAUAGAGAUGGUAAAGAAGAAGAUGAACGAAAGGCAACCUGAUAUUAAAAAAACAAGGUGCGCCCUUCAAAAGCAGUGGAAAACAAAUCUUCCAAUUUGUGAAAUACAUGUGGGAAUGGAGUACAUGGAAAUCCAAGACAAACUAAAAAACGAAUACCUCACAACCAUUGACCUCUGGGUCCUUGAAAACAAGAUUGAUUUCCUGACAAGAGUGGCAAAACUUUUAGAAGUCGCAACAAAAAACAUGUUAUCCACCGAUAGCUACAGCUUUCGACAAAAUGCCACAAAGUUCAUCAGUUGGAUCAAUAGCAAAAACCAAAGGUUCACAGACCAACAAGUCUUUGAUUUGCAGAGUGAGCUACAAAGACUCAACCUCCUAGCUGAACUCAAUGUUCGUUGCCAAAAGGCAGACUGCACGGGGCAAACCAAGAAAAUGCAAAUCGAGGUGCAAGAAAUCAGACAGGUUUUGGAAACACCUGGCCAGUUCACAGAACACGAUCAAGUGAGAGUGAAAGACGCUAUGAAGAUACUGAACAAAAAGUUUCCACUCCCAGGCUUGGGGAUCAGUGAGGAGGAACGAAAGAUGAUCGUCUCAGCAAUGAAAAUGCCCCCAGGACACUGGCACAAAUGUCCUAAUGGCCAUGUCUAUCUUAUUACUGAAUGUGGAGGGGCUAUGGAGAGUCGAAAUUGCCCUGAUUGCAAUGCUUCGAUAGGUGGACAAGACCACAGGCUGACCAAUGGCAACCAAGUUGCUACAGAAAUGGACGGGGCACAGCAUUCUUCUUGGUCUGAAGUAAAUAAUCUUUUAAACUUUGAGCACCCUGAACUCUAAAACUUUUCAGGGAAGUUGGUUAUUGCUUUGGCUCAAAUGCAAAAAUUAGUGAGCA